UUGUAAAUUGUCUCUUACGAACGAACUAUUGUCCUUUGUCCACGGCAAAGGACUGGAUGGAUGCAUACAGAAAUAGAACAUCCUUGUUCGACCAUACAGAUGUAGCCGUCGGGACAUCAGGCCACGCGAUACACUGUAACUACGCGCUGCUGUUGGCUACGAUAUAACCUUGUUUGUAACAAUAUUGCCCACAAUAUGAGUGUUUUGAAGAUUGAAAGACCUAUCUAUCCAAAAUAAAACCAGAUCUGAUCUGUGCUACGUGGUCAGUAGCUGUUCGGCACGUUAUUGGUCCACUCGCAGCAUCCAGAGAAUGACGUCACGGUAUUAUGACAAAUGGACGUCUAUAGACACAUGGUGCAGGAAGGAUCCACUCUGCUGCGGAGAAUGGAGAUCAGUGUGGCCGAGGCAGAGAAAAGAACUGGGAAAAAUACAGUGAACAUGCAAGAGAUAUUCACAGUGUACCUCAUAGAAACUCGAUCCAUAGAUGCAAUAACAGAAGGCCACAACCCAGCCCCAGACUCUCUCUGGAGGAGAUACAGUGAAUUUGAGAUUCUCCGGAACUAUUUGUUAGUCACCUAUCCAUUUAUCGUGGUGCCACCUUUGCCAGAGAAGAGGGCAGAGUUUGUUUGGCACAAGCUGUCUGCAGACAACAUGGACCCAGACUUUGUAGAGAGGCGCAGGGUUGGUCUGGAGAACUUCCUACUUCGCGUGGCCUCCCAUUCGGUUCUGUCCAAUGACAAAAUCCUAUACCACUUCCUGACUGAGGAACACAGGUGGAAGGAGGUAGUGUAUGAGACAGGGUUCCAAGCCAAGGCAGACUCCAGGAUUAAAGCUCUGAGCGCAACUUUCAGGGUGAAGAACCCUGACAAGCGGUUCACAGAGAUGAAACACUACAGCGAUGAGCUUCAGUCUCUCACCUCCCAGCUGCUCAGAGUCAGAGCAAGAGUAGCAGACAGGCUCUACGGCGUAUACAAAGUCCAUGGGAACUACGGGAGAGUGUUCAGUGAGUGGAGUGCCUUAGAGAAGGAGAUGGGAGACGGUCUACAGAGUGCUGGACACCAUAUGGAUGCCUAUGCUGCCUCAGUAGAUGAUAUCUUGGAGGAAGAGGAGCACUACGCAGACCAACUGAAGGAAUACCUUUUCUAUGCCGAAGCCUUAAGGGCUGUGUGUAGGAAACACGAGCUGACCCAGUAUGAGCUGGAGAUGGCCUCCUCAGACCUCAUCUCCAAGAAGCAGCAACGGGAGGAGCUGGCCACUGGGAUGGUACGGACGUUCUCCUUCAAAGGAAUGACCAACAAGCUGUUUGGUCAGGAGACACCAGAGCAGAGGGAGGCUAAACUCAGCCUACUGGAGGAGCAGAUCGUCCAGGGAGAGGAGACGGUCACAGAGAAAACAGUGGAGUGCGAGGAGUACGUGAAGGGUGCGUGGGUGGACAUGCAGCGCUUCAAGGAGCAGAAGGACAGGGAUCUGAGGGAGGCUCUGAUUGGCUACGCCAUCAUGCAGAUCAGCAUGUGUAAGAAGGGCAUUCAAGUGUGGACCAAUGCUAAGGAAUGUUUCCACAAGAUGUAAGGGGGUCGGGCCGUGGGUCAGCGACAACGUCUAUGAUACGAGUGCACAACAACUUCACCUUUUGACCUUCAGAUGGAAACAGAACCACUGUUGUCACGGCAACCCGCCCCAGCUGGCAUAAAGUUACAGGACUGCGUCUCAAUACUCAGUCCAAUACUGGCUGCGCUCCAGAUAAAGUGGGGAGGUAAGGAAGCCUUUCAAGACAUGAGAUGCAGUCCGGGACUAUAUUUUAUAAUGAGAUAUAAGGCACAAACAUCUCCUUGUGUUGGUUUAUUAAGACAACAUGUGUGUAGUAUCAGCGGGUUAAAGGUUUGUUUAUUAAGAGAACAUGUGUGUAGUAUCAGCGGGAUAAAGGUUUGUUUAUUAAGAGAACAUGUGUGUAGUACCAGCAGGAUAAAGAUGUGUUUAUUAAGAGAACAUGUGUGUAGUAUCAGCAGGAUAAAGAUGUGUUUAUUAAGAGAACAUGUGUAGUAUCAGCGGGAUAAAGGUUUGUUUAUUAAGAGAACAUGUGUGUAGUAUCAGUGGGAUAAAGGUUGGUUUAUUAAGAGAACAUGUGUGUAGUAUCAGCGUGAUAAAGGUCGUAUGGUGAGAGUGUAGCACAUGGGGGAUGUGGGAAACUUACUCCUUAGCCUGAAGUGUCACAGCUUGCGUAGCUGAAUUGUUAAUGCUUCAAUGGUGCUGACUGGUAAGACGCUUAGGGAGGGCGGUCACGUGUGCUAGCGAAGCAGAUGUCCUGGGUUUGCGCAUCGGUGUGAGCCCAAUCAGGAGGAAGCGGUACUCGCUAAGCAAGCAGCGUGACGUCACUUAUCAGUAUGCUGCUGUUACCUUGGUUUACCUCUAUGAACUGAACUGGAAAAGAAACUGAAUCAACUGUCAAAGGACUUCUUGCCUUUUCUCUGCUUAAAGCACAUGAUAUCAUAAUGUCUGGUAUGUGAAUAUUGAAGAAGAUAUUAUUUCAGAAAAUGUCAAGGUACAUGUAAGAAUAUUAUAUACUUUGACGUGUCCAUCUAUGUAAAUAUAUUAACAACAGUGAACCUGGUGUUUGUUGGUUGAAGCCAAAAUAUUAACUCACUAAUUUAAUCAUGGUUUCUCAAAGAAAACCUCCUAUUUGUACAUUGUGACGCGCAGUAAUAAUGUGAUUUAAGGUCAGAUUUGAUCAUCAUUCAUGUACAUUCUUAUCCAAGUUGAACUGAGAUAACAGUUAUACUGCAUUGUAUAUUCAGCUUUAUGGUUUUAAUAAAAAUAUUGUCUUCUACCAUA